AAAUAGAAAAUAAAAACAAACCAAAAGAAGAAAGAAAAUUCAAAAGAAAAAUGCAGCCACCUUACCAGUUAUGGACCCUGAUGAAAAUGAAGCAGAAAACAGUUUUAUCGCAGAUGACGAAUCCUGUGAGUCGAAUCAACUUUUACCAUCACAUGUUGUGUGUUGUUCUCCAUCAUACUCAGAAGAAGAGAAAGAUAUAGAAGGUAGAGCAUAUUUUAGCCAACAAGUAUAUGGGGUUAUAGAGGUGGAAGCAUUAGAUGAUAAUCAAACACCUCCUUUUUCAUGGAAGAAGCUAUGGCUAUAUACAGGUCCUGGUAUUUUAAUGAGCAUUGCAUUUUUGGAUCCAGGAAAUAUAGAAGGUGAUCUACAAGCAGGAGCCAUAGCAGGAUAUUCAUUGCUAUGGUUGUUAUUAUGGUCAACAAUAAUGGGAUUGUUGAUACAACUCCUAUCUGCACGAGUUGGAGUGGUAACAGGGAAGCACCUAGCUGAGUUAUGUAGGGAAGAGUACCCUCCAUGGGCUAGGAUUUUAUUAUGGGUUAUGGCCGAGGUAGCCGUUAUUGCUGCUGAUAUUCAAGAGGUUGUUGGUACAGCUAUUGCCAUUCAGAUUUUAACCAAUGGUGUUUUUCCUCUUUGGGCUAGUGUUGUUAUUACUGCAGCUGAUUGUUUUGUGUUUUUGUUUCUGGAAAGUUAUGGAGUUAGAAAAAUGGAAGCUGCAUUUGCAAUCAUGGUAAUGACAAUGGCAAUCUCCUUCGCAUACAUGUUUGUUGAUGCUAAGCCUAGCGGAAAGGAACUGCUAGUAGGCGUGUUAGUUCCAAAACUCAACUCAAGAACAAUUCAACAAGCAGUAGGAAUAUUCGGAUGCAUCAUCACCCCACACAACAUAUAUUUACAUUCAGCUCUAGUUCAAUCAAGGAAAGUAGAUAAGAAGAAAAUAGGUCAAGUUCAAGAGGCAAUCAACUAUUACUCCAUUGAAUCAUCAGUUGCACUUGUGGUAUCUUUCAUGAUAAACCUUUUUGUUAUGACUGUAUUUGCAAAAGGAUUUUAUGGGACAAACAAGGCAAAUAGUGUAGGACUUGAAAAUGCAGGAAGAUACCUUGAAGAGAAAUACGGAGGAGGUCUUCUUCCAAUUCUUUAUAUUUGGGGUAUUGGUUUAUUAGCAGCAGGACAAAGUAGCACCAUAACUGGAACUUAUGCAGGCCAAUUUAUCAUGGGAGGUUUUCUUAACAUUCAACUAAAUGAAUGGCUUAGAGCUGUUAUAACAAGAAGUUUUGCCAUUGUGCCUACCAUUAUUCUAGCUAUUCUAUUUGAUACAUCGGAUGGGGCUAUGGAUGUAAUGAAUGAAUGGCUCAAUGUACUUCAGUCCAUUCAAAUUCCGUUUUCUUUAAUACCUCUUUUUACAAUGGUGUCAAGGGAGGACAUCAUGGGAAUUUUCAAGAUAGGACCUACACUUGAGAAAGUGGCGUGGACAGUUCUCGGUGUAGUAAUGCUGAUUAACGUCUAUGUUUUAUUGGAUUUUUUCUUGAAUACAAUUAACGGACUAUUACCCGGACUUCUGUUUUGCAUUUUAUCAGCAGCCUACAUCGGAUUUAUCAUUUAUCUUAUUGCUCGAGAUGCUUCCCUUCCAAUAACUUUGCGUACCAGAACUAGUAAAAUUGAACGUCUCAGAAUUCCUCAACAUCAAGACUUGUGAAAUUCACAAACAACCAUUUCACAGAUAGUUGGAAGGCCGUAACUUCAACAAUAUCGGGAGAUAUUGCUUGCACAAACAAGUGAUUUGUUAUGUAGAAUUUUUUGGCUCAUAUCUUUCAGUAGAGAAUUACCUGAAAAACGUUUUGUAUCAAGUUGAACUUUCAGAUCCAAUAUGUUAGGCACAUACGGUAGUAAUAUGUAAUUUUACUGGUUAUAUAGUAUGUCCCGUAGUUCACAACUGAGAGUAUUGAGAGAUUAGGCUCUAAUUAAUUAGCAUAAAUUAAAGUUUUGAGUAUUGUAUUUCUUUUCAGAAGAUUUUGUUCUGUUUUUGGUGUCACUCUGUCAUGUGAAGGCAUCCUCUUUUUUUUUUUUGUUUGUUCUCAAGGUGCUAUGUGCUGGCAGCUCGUAAUUUGUUGUGGUUGGACUAAAACCUACGUUGUAAAGGAGCACCUCCAUAUAAAUGCAUGGCUGCUGGGCUCAUUUGUGAGGCAUCAAAAAAUUAAAAGGAAAUAUUAUCUCAGCAA